GGUAAGUGGCGCGGGGAGAGCCGCGCCGGAGCAUUGCCCUCGUCUGUGUCUGAACGCCGGGUGUGUGGCCUGUGUGCUUUUCUGCACACACGCCUCUGUAAGUUCACUGCGACCUAUAGCCAAGAGAUCGAAUUAGCCUGCCAGAAAGAGAAAGAGUUUGUGAAGCACUCUGUAGAAUGCACAUGGAAUCUUGCAGAAGCCCAGCAAAAACUUGGUAGCUUAGCACUGCAUAAUGCAGAAUCCUUCGAUCAAGAACAUGCUCAAGCAAAGACUGAAGUUGCAGAGUUGAGAUGGAGAGAGGAGGAGUGGCGAAGAAAAGAAGAAGCACUAAACCAAGGGGAAAGACAGGACUUAUGGAACACAGAUCUUGUUAGUAAGGAGGUAUUUAAUAAGAGUUUUAUUAAUCGAAAAAGAAAAGAAACAGAAGAUGAAGAUGCAGCUGAAUCAUUUAUGAAAAAACAUGAACAAAAGAUUAGACACUUCGGUGGCAACUGGGGGAGUGAUGCCCCUCCUACUGUACAUGAAGAUCAAUUUCAUGACCAACUGAGAAACCUGAACAUCCAUAACUACAUGGGUCUUGGUAUGAUGAGAAGAUGGGAUGAUAGUCAAAGAUUUCUGUCUGACCACCCAUAUCUUGUAAGUGAAGAAACAUCUAAAUAUCUCAUGUUAUGGUGCUUUCAUCUAGAAGCUGAACAGAAAAGAGCUCUGAUGGAACAAGUAGCACACCAAGCAGUAGUAAUGCAGUUUAUUAUAGAAAUUGCCAAAAACUGCAAUGUGGAUCCAAGAGGCUGUUUUCGUCUCUUUUUCCAAAAAGCCAAAACAGGAGAAGGUUAUUUUGAGGCAUUUAAAAAUGAACUUGAGGCAUUCAAGACAAGAGUGAGAAUCUGGUCACAAUCAGAUAGCUUUCAGGCUAUCUUACUAUAUAAUCCCACUAUCAAUCCUAGUCUUGUAGAACAGCUGACGUCUUUGUCACAGAACACAGGUGAUCUACAAGGUUCCAUAAAUACAAAUGUCUGCAGUUUAAACUCUGUGAUACAAAGAGAUGAAGAAGAAUCCAAAAUGAUGGACACAGUAUAGCAUUGUUAAGACUGAGGCCAAGUACCUUUUUUUUUUUUUCUUAACAAAGGAAAGAACAUGGCUAUUUUCUUGACACUUA